AUGGCGUUGGCGUCCAACAACAAAGUAGCUUCGUCCCUCAGUCCAAUGGCGUCCGGCGGCGCACAAAGCCACUCCCACUCCCCCCCUGUGGCUGGGGUUGUGGCUGAUGAAGCUUUGGGCAGCAACAACAACAAGCCUGCUGCUUCUAAGCCUCCUUCAGGUUCCUCCACGGAGUACCAGCUGAGGAAGUACCUGCUGCUGCUCGCCACCCUGGUUGCGACGGUGACUUACGUCGCCGGGCUGAACCUGCCGGGGGGAGCCUGGCAGGAGGACACCGACGACGGGCGGCACCACGCGGGCGACCCGAUCCUCCAGUACGCGCACCUCCACCGCUACCUCACCUUCUACUACUGCAACGCCACCGCGUUCGCCGCGUCGCUCGUGGUCAGCCUCCUCCUCCUGGUCCUGGACGGCAAGAACACGGGCUGGGAGGCCCUGCUGCGGGUCGUCAUGGUGCUCGACCUGCUCGGCCUCAUGGGCGCCUACGCCGCCGGGAGCUGCCGGGACAAGUUCACCACCAUCUACUCCGCGCUGCUGGUCUGCGCCGUCUUCGCCUACAUCGUCGUAGCUUUCAUCUUCUACCUCUUCUCCAGCGAUGGAGGCGGGCUAGCGAUCCUGCUGCAUAGUAGGAAGCGACUAACAGGUGCAGCAGACGCCGAGAAGCAAGCAGGUGGUGUUAGCGUCACCGCCACCUCCGAGCGGCAAGAACUGCACGAGGUGCUGAUGCUGCUGGCCACCUUCGCGGUGGCCAUCACGUACGUGGCGGGGCUGAACCCGCCGGGCGGCUUCUGGGGCGACACCAAGGACGGCCACCAGAUGAGCGACCCGGUCCUGCAGGAGCACUACUCCAGCCGCUACCAGGCGUUCUACGUCUGCAACACCACCGCGUUCGUCGCGUCCCUGCUCAUCAUCAUCCUGCUCCUCGACAAGAAGCUCACCACCAAGCUCUCUGUACGCUUCGUGGCUCUGUAUGGCCUCAUCAUCACGGCGCUCCUGGGCCUCAUGGGGGCGUACGCCGCUGGGAGCUGCAGGGAGCUCGACGACACCACCUACGUCAUCUGCCUCAUCGCCGGAGUUCUUGCCUACAUCUUCCUCCAGGUGGCUGUAGCUGGCUGCAGCUGCUUCCGAACGGUAUACGGUUCUGCUUCGAAAUGGCUGGGAGCACUGAGGAGUCGCUGCGGCUUUGACAGAUCAUCACAAGGCCAAAAUCCACCAGAUCAGCAGAAUCAGAUCAGCAGCAGAUCGCAGGACCAAAAUAAAACAGAUCAGAUUCAGAUCAGCAGCCGGGACAUCCAUCAGGUUCAGGACCAAGGCAGCGAUGCAGUGGUAAAGGAGAAGGCCCUUGAAAAAGAACGACUGGAAAAGGCCCGGUCUCUUGUCAUGUUGCUUGCGACCCUUGUGGUGAGCAUCACUUACAGUGCAGGACUGGACCCACCAGGCGGCCUGUGGCCCGACACCCGCGACGGUCACAGGAACGGUGACCCGAUACUCCUGACCACACACCCCACCCGGUACAAGGUGUUCUUCUACAGCAACUCGGCGGCGUUCGUGGCGUCCCUCAUCGUGAUCCUCAUGGUCCAGAGCCGAUUCCUGCUCAAGGGCCACACGCUGGAGGCGGCCAUGAUCCUGGACCUCUUCGGCCUGAUCAGCGCGUACGCCGCGGGUAGCUGCAGGGACGAAACGACCUCCAUCUACGUGGUUGCCCUGGCGGGGAUCGUCCUGGUCUACGUGGUCAUCCACAUCGUCCUCUUCACGCUAGACCACAAGGACAACCACCCGGACUUGGAGAAGAAGCUGGAGAACAGGCGCGAGGUGCUGCUGCUCCUGGCCAUCCUGGCGGCGACGCUCACCUACCAGGCUGGGCUGACGCCGCCCGGGGGCUUCUGGUCAAAAAAUGAAGAUGGGCACCGCGCGGGCUACCCGGUGCUCCACGACCACUACCGGCCCCGCUACAUGGCCUUCUUCUACUGCAACGCGGCGAGCUUCAUGGCGUCCGUGGCUCUCAUCGUCCUGCUCGUGAACCCCAACCUGUACAAGCCAGGGAUACGGUGCUACGCGCUCUACGUGUGCAUGGUGGUGGGCAUGUUUGGGCUCAUGGGAGCCUAUGCCGCUGGGAGCUCCAGGGAUCUGCGCACAUCCAUUUAUGUGUUGACGCUGGUUGUUGCCGUGUUUGCCUUUGUAGCCCUGGAGGUAGUCAUUUUCUGGGUUUGCCCCUACCUAAGAGAUCAUUGGAAUCAGUGGUGGAGGUGCAGCAACGAUGCAGCUGCAGCUGAUUCCUCCGGGCAAGCUGCAGAACCAGACGACGGCACGAAACAGAAGAACCAGGUGACAGAGAUACAGGAAAGUAAAACUCAGGGAGAGAUGCAAGGAGGAGGAGAGAAGAACAUGCGUGAAUACUUGAUGCUACUAGGAGUCCUUGCUGCGAGUGUAACCUACCAGACCGGCCUGAAACCACCAGGUGGCAUGUGGCAGGACAACAGCGAUGGUCACUCUGCUGGCAGCUCCAUCCUCCAUUACAUCAACAAACCCCGGUACCAUGCUUUCUUCUACAGCAACUCCACUUCCUUCAUGGCUUCCGUCGUCGUCAUCAUCUUGCUCAUGCCAGAGACUCUCCACAAAUACCGAUUGCCACUCGGGCCAAUGCACACAGCUAUUUUGCUUGACAUGCUCGGCCUCCUGGGGGCCUAUGCAGCAGGCAGUACCAGAGACUGGGAGACAUCCAGGAAUGUCAUCUACUUGGUCAUCCCUGUUCUGGCAUACAUUGCAGCCUAUGCAGCAGUCUCAAUCUUCCGCAAGAAAAGAUGGUGCCAGUGCAGCGGCAGCCGAACAAACUCAUAA